GCCCCCUCCUGCCCUUCCCUCUCCAAGCCAAGGCUGAUGACAGCCUCCAUAUAUUUAAAGAGGACAAGAGCCCCUCUCAACUCAGUUGAGCUCGUAGAGGCCGUACAGGCAGACUUGACCUUGGUCAAACGUCUCCAAGAUGCCAAACUUGGGUGGAGGAGCGAAAUGUGGAGCCUGUGAGAAGACUGUCUACCACGCGGAGGAAAUUCAGUGCAAUGGAAGGAGUUUCCACAAGACCUGCUUCCACUGCAUGGCCUGCAGGAAGGCUCUCGACAGCACCACAGUGGCAGCUCAUGAGUCGGAGAUAUACUGUAAGGUCUGCUAUGGGCGCAGGUAUGGGCCCAAGGGGAUUGGGUAUGGACAAGGAGCUGGCUGCCUCAGCACAGACACAGGCGAGCACCUCGGCCUCCAGUUCCAACAGUCCCCAAAGGCAGCUCGCUCAGCAACAACUAGCAACCCUUCUAAGUUCACUGCAAAGUUUGGAGAGUCAGAAAAGUGCCCUCGAUGCGGGAAGUCAGUUUAUGCUGCUGAGAAAGUGAUGGGAGGUGGCAAGCCUUGGCACAAGACCUGUUUCCGCUGCGCCAUCUGUGGGAAGAGUCUGGAGUCCACGAAUGUCACUGACAAAGAUGGGGAGCUUUAUUGCAAAGUUUGCUAUGCGAAAAACUUCGGCCCCACAGGCAUUGGGUUUGGAGGUCUCACACAGCAGGUGGAAAAGAAAGAGUGAAAAGGUGCCCCAUUUCCCAUGUUUGGCUCCAGCCUGAAGCAUUUGCCAAGCAACCCUGCACAGAAAGGAGUCUUUCUCUAAACAACCUCUCAAUUGUGGCUGGAUGGGGUUUAUCUUCAGAAGCCGUAAUGAUCCUCUUUGGAAGAAAAUUAUUUUAAAUUUAAUCUGCAACCAAGUGGUUUGUUAUUUACAGUUUUUGAGUUAGGAAAGGCAAUAAACAAAUGAUCGAUGGUACCUUA